AUGAUUGUUUUUAUAUUUUGUUUUUAUUUUUAUCAAUCUCAAUUAUUUUACUAUAAAAAUUUUAAUCAAUCAUUACCACUCAUUCUACUUUAUACGCAUAAUCAUUCAAUUAAAACACGAGAUAAUAUUUGUAAAGGUACUCGAAAUAAAGGACAUGUUGUUAAUUUUGAAAAAUGUCCAAAAAAAUGUGAAUUUUCAUGUCAAAUAGAAGACUUUAAACAACGUUCACCACGUGCGGUACUUUUUUUCGGUGAAGAUUUUUACUGGUCUUUUAAUUUAACUGAUCAAGAUCGAUUAUCAUUCAAACAAAGAUGGAUAUUUUGGUCAUGGGAAGCACCUAUCAAUCAUCCAGAAUAUACUCGAUCUAAAUUAACAUUCAAUUGGACAAUGACUUAUCGACAAGAUUCAGAUAUUGUACAUUAUUAUGGUCGAUAUAUUGCACGUAAUUUAUCAUAUACAAUUCGUGAUUAUCAAACAAAUGAUUUUUAUUUAUCAAGAAAAAAUAAUCAAUCAACAUUUGAUGUAGAUAAUGAAUUUAAAAAUCGAAAUAAUAAAAUUUUAUGGAUUGUAUCCAAUUGUAAAACUCGAACAAAACGACAUAGAAUAGCUGCUGAAUUAAAUAAAUAUUUUCCAAUUGAUCAAUAUGGUAAAUGUUCAUUAUUAAAUAAUGAAAGAAAAUUAAUAUCAUCAGAAGAUUUUGAACAAAAACUUUUUAAAUACAAGUUUUAUUUAGCUUUUGAAAAUGCAAAUUGUCAAGAUUAUAUUACUGAAAAGGCGUUUUAUAAUGCAUUAGCACAUGGAAGUAUUCCCAUUGUACUUGGAUCAAAUGAAAAUAAUUAUAAAAAUAUUUUACCACCAAAUUCAUUUAUUCAUAUUGAAAAUUUUAAAGAAUUAGCAGAUCUUGCUGAUGAACUAAUGAAUAUAAGUAAAAAUUUAUAUAUAUUCAAAUCUUAUCAUCAAUGGCGUAUUAAUUAUCGAUUAAUAGCAUGGCCAUCGAAUUAUUUUAUUGAUAAUCUAUUUUGUAAUUUAUGUAUUAAAUUAUAUGAAGAUGAAAAACAAAAGAGUUAUGAAAAUUUUCAUCAAUGGUUGAAUAAAUGCGAAUAA